AUGCGGGGAAGCCACCGCCCAGCGCAACAAGGGAAGAGCGCUCCUCUGGGGAACCGCCUCGACCCCCCCAGCAGAGACGUCAAUCUCAACGGUAACUUCUCACUCGCACAAAAGCCCCACGAACCCGAGGACGGCCGGGACACACCACGGGCAGCAGGCUGGCACAAGGCAGCGGACAACGCCAGGAUCGGGAACGACACCACCACUCAGCCUCAGGCACCUGAGAGAACCAACCGGGAGCGUUCCGGGAGCACCGCAAGAGGGCAGAGCGCGAGGCGCGGUUUUUCACACCACACAGCACGGGCAAGCACGGAGCACCGACCCUCCCUCUCCGCGGAGAGAGCCGACCCCCGUGCCGAUAACGAGUCACGGGAAGAGAGGAGCAAGAUCAGGGCGCCCCCCUCCUCCAGCGUGUACAAGUCCCCGACCUCACGGCGAGGGCAGGGAGAGCACAGCCGGGCCCGGUUGCCGCACCCCCGCCUCCCCGCACACCACCGGCGCCGGCACGGUGGGACGGGUACAAAAUCCUCACGUCACCACGCCAAAACCAGGUCGUCAGGCAGGGGCGACAACUCGCUGGCGACAGGGACCUCUCGGAAACCACAUCAGGGACACCUGUCCCCAACACGUCCCCAACAGAGCCAGACACGGAACUCUCAGGGACAGCUGGUCGACCACAUAAGGCGAAGACAGACGAAGAGCCAGGGCGGGAGCGGGGUCAAGGGACGCUCCCGCCCCACUACCUCGCAGGCACACACCCCGGGUGUGCACGGGCUCACCGCACGGGCGGUACGGGGAGCCUUCCCCCGGCAGACGCGAGGCACCCACUCCGAGAGACCAGAGUCCAGGGAGGGGAGGAGGACAAGGCGUCGGGCCCAGACAGAACUACUGGUCGACCCGACAAAGCUGCCACCCCCCGCACAGACCGGGCACCGAAGAGAGAGCGGCGACGCACGGCCCCACCCCGCGCUCGCCUGCGGGCGCAAAGUCCGACAGAACAGCCGCCCCGGCGCCACAGCGACACCACGGCGACAGUCGCGCCCGGCACCCGGCAGAGGCCGGGCCUCCGCCCGGCUCGCUGCCGCCAGACCUCCUCCUCCUCCACUCGCUCGCUCGGCUGAGAACGAGGGGACUGUCAUAUCAAAGCGGACGCCAGGGGGAGCACGACAACCGCCUUCCAACGACCGACUCCACCGAGCCGCCGUACCCCGGAUCGGCGCGCGCCGGCCGGCUCUGAGCUCCGGAGACACAGAACACGGAAACAAAUCGCCUCACUCACCACCGCCACGCACCGAGUGGCACAACCUAGGUCAGGACCUGCAGCCGGGUCCUCUCUGCGACCUCACGAACGACACCAGAGCCACCAGAGACCUAGACCGAGAUCGAGCCGCCGCCGCCGCCGCCGCCGCCGCCAGCGACCAAAGUGAAACCAGGAACCAGGACGACAUUCGCCCGAACGGAGCGGCCCGAACCCGAGAACCGGGAAGCCGGGAUCGGUCCCAAGCAGGAAGGGGCGGCAAAGACGGCAGGCCCGCACCACGAGAGAAAACGAACCGGCCACCCGCACGACCUCCGCCGCCCGUGGCAAGACCCCCACCCCCGCCCAACAUGGCCAGAAAAGGGCAAAUGGAAACCAGAAAGAGAAAAAAAAAAAAAAAAAAACUCCCAAAGAUGGGUCGGCUCCAGCAAGAGACGAGCCGUCGGGAGGCACCCCGCUCACUUGUGAAAGUCCGCUCCUCGCCCGCCCCACAACACACUCCCUCCCCCC